AUGGAACGGCAAGAUGAGAACGGUUUAACUUUUACUAACUUGCCAUCAACAUCGAAUGAAGAAGUAGUUUACGAUGCUACUCAUAUAGAAGAAAUGGAGCAUUUUGAUAUCGGGGAUACUUCAGAGAUGAUAGAAGUUUCUUCUGAAGACGUAAACGUUUGGCCAAGCGAGUAUGUUCCGCCAUCUAGAAGGAGAGGAAGAGGAAACCAAGUUGUACAUAUAAUAAAUCAGCGAAGAACAAGCGCCAGGUUACUUCGAGAUAAAGCCUUCAGAGAAGCUGUUCACGGUCCAACCGUUGUCGAUGAUUCUACAGGAAUUAAAGAAGAGUCUGUCUCGAGAAUAUUCGUCACGAACGAUGUGCCUGGUAGGCAUUUAGAAUGGACAAUGUUUAGCUGCAAUCCUGAAACUUUUGCCACUGCAGCGCAAAUAAUUGUCACUGAAGCUAGUUGUGUUAGUUCUGACAAGGUUUGCACAUCUGUACCGCAGGAGUUUACUGGUGUGGGUUCUUUUGUUGUGGAUAUAACCGGGCUGCGUAAUAGACACGAAAUUGUUCUAGACUCUCUUGGAUCUUGGGGAGUUCCCCAAGGUACCUCAAAAUUUUUCAAGCUUAAUAAUACAAAUAAAGCUGUUGUAUCAACAAGCGUAGACUUUGUAGCGAAGAUUUAUUGCAACAGAUAUGUUCACCCUGGCACUGAUUCCAGAGGAGCUUUUAUAAAAAAAAUUUAUACUGGAAUAACACGAGAGGGAGUUCCAUCAUGUCAUUCUGUUAUUGUCUACGAAUGGGAAGGGACUCCUCAUCCUGUUGCUGUAGAUACAUCGACAAUCCAAAUGGCUUCAACUCUUAAAGAACGAGCUUUCUGUUCACGCUCUUGGGAGUGUACUAGACCAGACUUAUUGCAUGAUGAAAUGGCAACAUAUCGUGGUCAGCCGAUUUUCAAAAAAGCAACAGUAGAUUUCGACUCUGCUUGUCGAAUUUUAAUGGCAACAUUCAUGAUAACAGAAAAUAGAAUAUGUAUUCGGGUGCCACAACAAUACCGUGAGUGUGGAACUUUUGUACUAGACGUUACUCGAUGUGGAGGUGAGAGAGCUAUUGGUAAAGAUGGUCGUGAAUGGAACAAGCCAUCCGGUAGUAGCAGGUUCUUCCGCUUCGACAAUGACGGAAACGCAAUCAGAAUAGAUACUAGUUUGCGACCUCCGAGCCCAAGUGACUAUGAUGUGCAGAUUGUUGCGAAACGGUAUGAAACAACUCAAUUGGUCGGCUUAGUCAGAAAAAUUUUUGUGGCAAGGGAGAAGUCGUCAUCUCCUCGAGUCAAUAGUCAUCUAGCUGUUAUCACAUACCUCUAUCGACCUCCUCACGGACGGAAUACUGUUUAUAAUGGGCGUUCCGUGCCCAACAGCAAAAGAUCUCUCGCAACAGAUGAUUCGUCCUUUUACGGGGUUAAUACCUCAGGCUGUGUCAAAAGCUCUGAUGUUUUGGAAUUGAAGCGACUGACCCUUGAGAAACAGGUUUUAAAUCAGAGCAGAUUGACUUCGCUUCUAGAUCGAGCAGAGUCUGUGUUUGACAGACUAGAACAGAGUAGCGCAGGCAAUGAAGUUGUGUAUUUUCGACAAAUCGCAAAUGAAUGGAUUCGACCUACAAGACGAUCAGAGCAAGUCGAAGUUUCCCAAAAUAUAUCUCAACCAGACAGAUCUCAAUAUGACACCGAGGAAUAUCAGUGA